GUGAUGCUGCGCUCGGCAUGCAGUGGCUUGCUGCUUUGUCAUGAUGUUUGUAGAAGCAUAAAUGAUUUUUGCUUUGGUUUACGACCAAUUUGCUCAAGAAAGAAAGGAUGAGAUUCCUAUCCUUAAUCAAUUAAUGUUUAAUCGGUAUCUAUGACUCGUUCGAUGUCCAAGACUAAAAAAGCAGAAACAUGAAUGACGUACUGGUGAAGUUGGAGCCAACCAGUGAUGUGGAGCACAAGGAAGAGGUGUCUUUCACAUCAGUACCGGCGGACGUUGCUGUCAACCCAGGAAAGCCAGGGUUAUUUACUUGCCCAGCAUGCAGCCAGUCCUUCAAAACAAAGUCCUCCUUGCAUUAUCACCAAAGGAAAUACCGCCACUGUGGUAUGGAGCCAUUUGCAUGUGCACUUUGUGGCAAGGAAUUUGGAAUUGCGACUCAUCUGACUUCUCACAUGCGGACUCACACAAAGCAGCGGCCUUUCUUUUGCCCACUGAAGGAUUGUGAUAGAGUCUAUUCAAGAAUAGACUUGGUGAAUGUCCAUCUGAUCAAGUGCCAUAAGAUAAACUACAAAGUAAAGAGUAAGUGUUUCCGAAAUGGAGUGUUUUGCGGACAAGUUUUUAUCAAUGGUGAGAUGAGAAUGAUCAAAAAGGUUAUCCCGGAUAAAACCGCUGCCGAUGGUAUCGAGAUCGAAAUGCCUCAUGGACUUGCUGUGAAAACGCUGGAUAAUUCUAAGGGGGGAUAUCCUGUCUGGCAUUCAUUUGAUGUUGUUGAUGGAUCUGCUCCUGAAUCGAUGUCCGGCGGUUCAGGGCAUAGUCAUGUUGUGGUGAAUUCUAGCGUGUCGGGCCUGGACAAUGUUUUGAGCUCAACACAAGCUCAAAAGCUUUACCAAAAAACACCUGCACUGAACGAAAGAAGUGACAAUGACAAUGGCAACAGUGUAAAUUCCCAAAAAUCUUAUAACUCCAAAAAUCAUGUUGAGGAUGCAUUGAGCUCAAGUUGUAUCCAGGCCUCUAUGAAUGAUCCUUUCUAUCCAGAAAUGUUCAAUGCGGAUGAAUUGGCAAAGCAAAUCUUGUCCACCUGCAACUAUGUAAAUCCUUUCAUGCUUAACCCUUGUGAAUUUAGAUUUAGUAACAUGAGUGGUAGCUCUGUUGCAACUGUCAGUGGAUUUGAGAACCGUGGAGAAGUAGUUACAAUUCCAAAGUCAGAUGGUCUGCCGCAAGCAAAUGGGUCAAUAACUCUUCCUUCCAUUGCCAUUGCCAAAAGUGGUGUUACUAAGUCAAAUGGUGGCUCUGUUUCCCCUCUUUUGGAAACUAAAUUUCCCAAAUUACUAUUGGAGAGUAAACAGUCUUGUCCGAAAAAGCAGAAAAGGUUGACCAAAAAUCCUAUGAGACCUCCGAUUGAGAUACCUAAAGUACGAGUAAAGGUGUGCAUUAUUCCCAAUGAAUCUCGUUACAAGUGCCCCGAUUGUGAAUAUAUCACUGACACCAUGCCGAUGGCUAUUCUUCACAUGCGGGAAUCACAACAUGGUGGAAUGAAAAAGAAAACAUAUCGUUGUCAAUUUUGCUCAAAGAAGUUCUUGCUCAAAGAAGCACUCUGUCAGCAUAUGAAAACUUGUGCUGGUGGUUCUAAACAUGCAAAACAACAUUCCAUGACUGGCAAUAACAUUGCUUCAUUGAAGAAUAAUGGUUGUCCUGAGAUCAGAAAAGUGCCAAAUGUUGAAGCUGUUGAAAAUAAUGCUCUUAUUGCUCAACCAAAAUGUGCCAUUGAUUUCAACAUCUAUAACAGUUUGGCGACCUUUGGUGAUGUAUCCAACUGGGCUAGUCUAAAAAGCAGUCAGCAUGAUAAUAUAAAUGCAGGCGAGAAGCCUCAUCAGAAAAAGAAGAGACCAACUGACCAGGGUGAGGAAACCAAAAAGAUCAAAUUGGAACCAGAUAUAGUUAAGUCUGAAAAGGAAGAGUCAGUGAAUGAACUGUCUGCAAAGCCAAAAGGUACUGCUCUCCCUGGUAUAGGUACAUUUUUCUCUUCAAAUUUGGUGUCCCAAAAUAUGUUAGGGACAAAUACCCCAACUACGUUGCCGUCUUUUCAAACGUUUCUUGGUGUCUCAACACAAGAAUCACCCAGAGGAUUUACUUCAAAAGGGUUUUCCAACAGUUCACUGAGUAAACAGGAGGCAGGAAAUGGUAACCAGGAAAAAUCAUUGUCAUCACUCUUCCCAUGGUUGAAUAUUGAGACUAAUUUGAAGUCAUUCCCUGAUGAGCUCACUCUGAAUCAUUCAUCUGAAUCUGAUCCUGCAGAUUUGAUUCCUGGAAAUCACCAUGUAGUUCUUGAUGGCUCACUCACUGGUAAACCGCAAACAUGUUUACAGUGUCAUGCUGCAUUCAAGACCCUGUCACUGCUGCGCUACCACCAGCAGAAGAACAGCCAUGAUGGCUACAAGACAUACCCGUGUAGCCAUUGUGAUUCAAUCUUUGGCAGCAAAGGUCAUCUUGAGACCCAUAUCAGAAAUCACACAAAGGAAAAGCCAUAUUUUUGUCCACUGUGUCAUCGUAUGUUUUCGAGGGUUGACCUGGUAAAUAGCCACCUCCGUCUCCAGCAUAAUAUGUCAAUACAUAUCAGUGGCAAAGAUGUGCUCCUGCCAAAUUAUAGGUGGAACUCAGAAGAAGAAAACAGCUUUGAAUUGAACACCAUCGUCAUGGAUAAAAAUUGAGUAACAGUAUGAUGGUAUUUCUACAUCUUGUGCAUUGGCUCUGAUGAAUGUUUUGUUAGGUCAGGUGACACUAUAGUUGGGGGCCUAUUGAUCUGUACACUUGAUUGGGAACAUCAUUUAUAAAAUAUACUUCUGAUUAAAACAAAAUGCAGGACAGAUUAUGAUGAGUUCAUAUGGUCCGAAGGUAGUCAAAUUUGCCAAGGUGUCGGAGUUGCAACAUUUUAACAUGACAACAGUCAACAGUACAUGUUGUAUGCUGAUGCAUAGAAAAUGACAUCAAAACAUAGUACCCACAUGUUUUUGGUAAACUUUGGUGCUGAUUUGGGCAUUUCGGAGGCUUCUAUGGCAUAGUGCUUUUGCGCAACCCGAAAACCUCCUGGCCACUAUAAUCUGAUAACCUUUUUCUUAUAAUGGUUUGAUUAAUAAAUUGAUGUCAUCACAAUGAAAGCAAAGAAGUUGCCAAAGGGUGUUCAAAUUAUGUAAAUGCUGUCCCCAAUUGAAAGUAUGGAUCAAUAAUUUUUUGGGGGGCAAAGUGACCUCUACAUAUGUUCGACAUACAGCAGUCCACCUCAAGGUACUUCAUGUUUCUCACUUGGAUCGGGCCUUUUGCUUGUGGUUGUGUUAACCCCUUAACUGUUUAAAUAAAUCUUUAAAAAGCGACCGUUUAAUUGUUUCAGGCAUAAUAGCUAUUUGUUGGAAACAAUUGUCUAAAAAUAUAGACAUUGCUUUAAAUCACUCUUCAUUACUUUAUUAUAGUAGGAGACAUAUUUUCAUUUAUUCUUCGACAUCUAAAAUUAUU